ACCAUUUCAUAAGGAAUCCGAUUACACUGGUCGUGAAAGGAACUUUGGUAGAGGGAAAUGCAGAAAUAAAAUGAAUGGAGUUUAACCCAGUCCUGUCCACAAAGGGGCUACACGACUGUCAGUCAUCCGGCUACAAGAGGAGGGCGCCACACUGACAGUUCCUCCGUCCUGCCAAUCAAGCGGCUAGAAAAGGCGGUGGGUGGAGCUACGAUCCGUGUGACUGACAGCUGUGGGCGGAGCUACGAAGUCCGGGCGCUUCGACGUCACCGCGCACAGGAGGAGGACGCCCGGAGCAUGGGUCGGAAGCGGUGCGUGGGAGACUGUUCCAAGAUGGCGGCGGGCUGCUGCGGGGUGAAGAAGCAGAAACUGUCCAGCUCUCCGCCGUCUGGCUCAGGGGGUCCCGGUGGGCCGCACUGCAGCGGGGAGAGCCAGUGCCGCGGGGCGGAGCUGGGCCUGGGAGGCCCCGGGAACGGGCCCAGUGGAAACAGCCGGGUGAACGGCCUGUCUUGUGGUAAUAGCCUAUCGCCGGGCUGUGGGACUCUCUCUCCGGGCUGUGGCUCCAGUUUAAGCCCCGGCUCCCGGAAGAUGGUGGUGUCGGCUGAGAUGUGCUGCUUCUGCUUCGAUGUUCUGUAUAGCCAUCUGUACGGGUACCAGCCGCCCCGCACGCCACGCUUCACCAAUGACCCAUACCCGCUGUUUGUAACAUGGAAGAUUGGACGGGACAAAAGGCUGCGUGGAUGCAUAGGAACCUUUUCUGCCAUGAACCUGCAUUCUGGUCUCAGGGAGUACACACUUACCAGUGCCCUUAAAGAUAGCCGUUUUCCCCCAAUGACGAGGGAUGAGCUGCCACGGCUAUUCUGCUCAGUGUCUCUGCUUACAAAUUUUGAAGAUGUAUGUGAUUACUUGGACUGGGAGGUGGGUGUACAUGGCAUUAGAAUAGAAUUCAUCAAUGAAAAAGGAUCCAAAAGAACCGCCACGUACUUACCGGAGGUUGCAAAGGAGCAAGGUUGGGACCACAUACAAACCAUUGAUUCCUUAUUGAGGAAAGGUGGAUACAAAGCUGCAAUCAGUAAUGACUUCAGGAAAACUAUUAAACUGACCAGAUACCGUAGCGAGAAGAUGACAAUGAGCUAUGCCGAGUACCUUUCCCACCGUCAGCACCACCACUUUCAAAAUGGCAUCGGGCACCCGCUCCCACCAUACAACCAUUAUUCCUGACACUGAGCCGCAUGACCAGUCACUAGACCUCUCAGCAGAACUCUUCCCAGGGGACCUGGCUCCCUCUUGGUCUAGCUAUCUCUAUUACUGUACCAUUUUAUGAUGAUUGUUUCCGUUGUCCUGUUUAGACUUUGCUUUUUAUGGCAAAGCUAACCAGGGCAACGGGUGGGAAGACAUAUUAAGUACCCACAAUGUUUUUUUCCCUAUUUUUUAUUAGAAUUGUUUUGAGCUACUGAGUUUUUUUUGCAGCAUAUACAUUUUUUUUUUUUCUUUUACAUUUACUUCUUACCUUAUUUUACAGUUUGUGUUUGCUAACCUAUAUCCCUACUGAUCAGGGUUUCUCAAUGAAUGUGGAUGGAAGGACGUGUUAAGUAAUGAAGGGUCUGUGAUUGGCAUAAGGAUAGGAGUUCUAUGUGCGUGCUUAGCUAGUUAGUGUCUGGUAAAUAUUAUUAGAUCCAUGUAUUUUUCUUUUUAUCAGUUUAAACUCUUGCACACAACCAUGUCUGCAAACCACGGACCCACAAAAUCCGGAUCACUUCCAUGUGCCCUUUGCGUUUUUCUGGCUAUUCUCAUCUGCCAUGCAGAACAGAUUAGGACAAGUUCUAUAAUUUGUGAAGCGGCCAUGCGGAUCCUCAAAAGAUACGGAUAUGAGUACGACCCCAUAGAAAUUAAUGGGUCUGUCUUCUAUCCACAAAAAAAUGCAGGUGGCACACGAAUGACAAAUAUGGUCGUGUGCAUGAGGCCUUACCCUUUUCCGAGUCGGCUUUUGUUGCUUCACAUGUCUUGGCGUUCCUAUAAUAGGAUGUUUUCUUGGCAUUUCCAUUGAUUUUCAAAAUCAGAUUUCUACCGUUCAGAAUUUCAGGUCAUAGAUUCACUCGCACAUUGGUUGCUUAUUAAGUUAAUGUUGAAUGUUUCCAUUUUUGUGUUUGGCUGUGACCUAGAACUAUAAUGGCAGCACAAGACAUAGAGGCAUAUGAUGGAACGCUGUAUUUGUAUCGGUCAGAUGUUUUCAACCCUACCUCAGAAUUGCCUUGCAGUGUUAGAUAACAUACAUUUACAUGAUUGAUGUGUUUCGCUCUUGCUUUAAUGCACAGUGUUCUACCUAUCUGGUGUAAGUUCCAUCAUCUGUCACAUCUAAAAUAUGCAUCUCUACCUUACAAUCUUUGUGAAUGCCAAGGGGGCUCCAUGCUACUGAAUGCUUCUGUCACUGCUAAGUUGUAUCGAUGGCUACUUUUAAGAAUGGCAACCUGGGUUCAGAUUGGCCCAACUAUGGUAGCAGCGGGCUGUGUCUAGAUAAAAAGGCUACAUGUUUGGUAUCCAAGUUGUAAUAUGACUACCAUUGAGCUGGAGCCAGACUUCCUGCUUAAGGAAAUUACUGGGAGCUUUAAAUUUGGAAGGACUGUGAGCAGGGUGUCUACUCAUUGGCAUGGAAUGUGCUUUUUAUAGAAAUCUAACUUUACUUUUCUCCUGCUCAAGUGCCAUUAGCCUUAUCAUAGCUUUACAGAUCUCUCAAGCACAGAGUUGCUAGACAUUGUCAUCGCAGUGAGCACGGUUGCUGGUGAUGCCUAAUGUUGGAACGGUGGACAUAAGCUCAGCUGGCCGCUUUUGAAAGCAGAAUUUGCAUGCUGGAACCAUUAACUUGUAUAAAGAACAUUGUAGUAGAGUUGAUACUCACAGAGACGUCUAGAUUAGCUUGUGAGAUAUAGUAGCCAGGGUUUUUAACCUCAUUGUCGUCAGAGAGGCUUAUACUGAGACAGCACCAUAAGCCACUCUUGCGGCACUGGUGCUUGACUCUUCAGCGGUUCCUUCAUCCACAUCAUUUGCUUGAAAAUUGGCAAUCCUCACUGCUGCUGACAAGAGUUAGCAUGUAUCCUUUCCCCUUUUGGAUGCCUUAAAUAAUUCAUAUGCUGCCAGCACAUACUGCAGAGUAGAUUUUGGUGUCUGAGCAGCUUCCAAAGUUUGUCAGACCAUUACAUUGUAGGUUCUCUUGGCAACAGGAGAAACCAGGAUUUUUUUUUUCUUUUAUCCCUCCGUAACCCCCCCAUACUCAGGUGUACACAGUAAAAAAUCUUUUUAUUUUUAUAUUUUUUUUUUUUACCCUUUGUAUGAUGCAACAUUGAGGGAGAGUCACAAAGUAGUGUCUCCUACAGAGAGGUUUCUGCUGACAUCCCCUCACCUUAGAUCUUUGUUUUAUACCCAUUAAACAAAGUGAGCACAAGUGAAAUCAUGGUUUUUGCUGCAAAAAAUCUGUUCUUUUACCAAUACUGGCACAGCAAAACUUUUUGAUUUUUGUUGGCGCAGGUUGCAAAUUUUUUUAUUUUUUUUCCAUGAAUGAGCUUUAGAAUUUACUUUCUAUUUUUAAACUCUAUGUAUUUAAAGGUGCUAAUCAUCCUUGCACAAGGUCCCGUGACUGGUCAUGCCAACUCCAAGAUCAUAUCAGAUUUUUUACUAAUACUCGAUAUAUGCAGAUGUUCUACAGAUGUUUCUUACUUGUGUAAUAAUGAGAUAUUGAUGAAAUGCCAAUCCUGCAGGUUUUGAUAGUACAAGGUCAGCAAUACUUCCCAGCAUGGCUUAGGGGAGAUUGAAAAACCACAAAAAAAGGAUUGUUUGUGUGUCCUUUUGUAUACAGCUUAGUGCAAAAAUGCAUCUGUCUCUUAGUAGCUGUUAAUUAUCUUAAAAAAAAUGUCUAAAGAUUGUUAUGCAACUGGGAUGGUGCAAUCUGCAUCAAGAAAUUGAUACUUGAAGCCCAGGUCUACCUAGACUCAAAGUUCAGUUCUAAUGCUGUCAGUCCGAUAUUUCACAUCCCAUCCUUCACAUUGCACAAGCAGGGUGAGAUCUUUUUUGCGGUUUGCCAAAAUCCCCACUGGUUGUUGGUAGUCACCUGAGAUUUAUCCCUGUCUAAAGUUGGCCAUACACCUUAGAUAAAGGAUGGUUGAACAUUCAUCUGGUCAACAAUCUGUUCACAGACAUGGUCAUACACAUUUUGGAUCUUAUUGGCCGGUACAGUUGAUCAUACAUGUUCAAUGAAGUCAGGCGAUGGCCGAAAGAUCUUUCUGGGAACAUUAUUUCAAAGAAAGAUCUUCCAUCCGACUAUCGUAUGAAAAUAUUUUAAACAAAAAUGGUCUGCCAUCACUUGGUUUAAACAUUUUUUUUUUGUUCAAUUUCACCUGACAAACAUUUGUUUUGGUUGAAAUUGUCAGUUUUGAUCAACUUUAGACUAAUAUGUACUGGUACUGUAAUGGGAUUCUGUUGCCGACGACCUCCCUAUCAAACUGUUUGCAUAGACACAUAGCUGAGGUUUACCUGAUUUAAAACUUUUCUUUUGUCGAUGCGAGCCUCCAUUCCCGAGUUAUGAUACUUUUUAAUAUGCCAAUUAGGUCUUUGGUGCGAUGAGAGCGUCACAUUUGCUCUUGUUGCACCCAAGCUCCACCCAUUUCUGUGACCAGCACCUCCAUCGCUGCUUUGCCACUGUCUGGCCCUGUCAAUUAUAGCAGUGAGGAUAUUAAGAAAAAGUAUCAUAACUUGGGAACGGAGCCUCAGAUCCACAAAAGUAAAGCAGCUGUUUAUUCAGGUGAACCACAGCUAAGUGUCUAUGCCAGGGAUGGCCAACCUGAGGCUCUCCAGCUGUUGCAAAACUACAACUUCCAGCAUGCCCAGACUACCUACAGCUAUUAGUCUACAGCAGGGCAUGGUGGGCGUUGUAGUUUUACAACAGCUGGAGAGCCGCAGGUUGGCCAAGCCUGGUCUAUGCAGACAAUUUGAUAUUGAGGUUGCUGGUGACAGACUCCUUUUUAGAAUACAUUUGGGUUAUCUACAGUCACAUCUGAUCCUCUUCUAAUGUGUUUCAUGCCAGUGAAUCCAGCUAUGCAAUUACAUUCACCACUAAACCUUUCUUUUAAUUUUUGAUUUUAUGUAUGUUGCUUUGUUAUUACACUAUAUUUUAGUUUCCUUUUGAAUAUUUUUUAUUUAAAUAAAAAAAAACUCCACAACCAUUAGAUAUUUUAAAAUCACAUUGAACCAUGUAGCUGGAAUAAUAUAGUUUUCAUGUUUUAAUCUAAUCUUGCAGAGAAAGUAUGCAUUUUAAUCUAUGUUCUUGUCAUACGUAUGGAAAACCACAUGUCUACUGUGACUAAUAUUGUUCUCAAACUCCUCUGUCAUGUUUUGUCACCUUUUUUAGUUUUUGGCUGGUCCUGCGGCUGCCAUCUCUGUCUUCACAGUUAUAACUUGUGCUGCUUGCCUAUGAGAUUUAAAUAUGUUUGAUUGCAGAAGACUUCAUACCGAUUUUGCACCAUCUUGAGUUGGUUAUUAAUUGUCCUUCAGUACAAAACUAAGCUGCUAAAGAAAGGCUGCUGUGUUAUGCAAUGAUAAUAGUCCUUUAUACAGUGCAUACAUGAAAAGCACAGACAAAUGCCAGUGUCUGCAACUCCUCCGUAGUUAUUAGGAAGAAUCUGACCCUGAGCAGCACGACUACAGAUGCACCUCUCACUUGUAUAACACUCUACUUAGUGCUCGUCUUCAAUUGUGCAGGUUUCUUAAAAAUUAACAAAUAGUAAAUCUGUCUGAGAUAGAUUUCAUCUCUUGUAUGUUAGACCAAACCAAAGAAACCUCUGGCCAUACUUUAAAUGCUGCUCCUUAAAGCCUUUUCGUUCUAUCAAACAAUCCUGCAGGAUUAUAAUGUGUUUGUUUUUUUUUUGUACAGUUUCUAACAGAUUUUUUUUUUUCUAGUGAUGUUUAAGUGAAUCAAGUUUAUUUGAGGAGACUGGAAAAAUGCAUUCUCUGUAUAAAUAAACUGAUAACUUUUUUUUUUCCCUGUUCAUUCUUUUGUCUAAGGAGCCCUUCAUGUGUGCCUCUGAGAAUUAAAGGGUUCCAUGUUACAUUCAUUCUUAAGACCAGCAAAGAUUCUUUCUAUAAGAAGAUUCUUUAUUUUUUUUCAUUUUUUUUUUUCUUUUCCUUUUUAUAUUACUGUUCCGGGAAAAAAAAAAAGGUUAAAAAAUUAUAUAUAUAUAUAAAUAUAAACACUUUGCGCUGGACCCAGUAACUAAGCUGGUUGAAAAACGCACUGAGAAAAUGAACUUAUGUUUGAAACUUUUGUAUAAAACAUACAAUGACUGUUUUUGUAUAUCAAAGUUGAUUCUUUUUUCAGAAAUUUUUUGGGAUCUAGUUUCUAAGUUUAGUGUUUUUAUAUGUUACAGAAGAAAUUGCUUUGACUACAUCACCAGCUUGAUGUCAAUGCAUUGGUGAUCACCUUCACAGCUCAAGAUCCUCGGAAUGCAUUGUAGAGCAAUGUCUUGUGGGCUUCUUCAGCUACGAAGGACCUAUAUAAAAUGGGCCACGUGGCUGCCUGGCGUAGCUGCGCCCCAGUAAUUUCUCUACUUAUUAACUUGAUUACAAAUUACAAUAAUGACAGAGUACAUGCCCCUCUCCUUUCCAUUAUACUAGAUCCUUCCCUCCACAUAUAGUUGAUAUUAGUGUGAAACUGUUAUAAUGGGCAUUUUAUUACGAUAGGUAAGGUUAAAAAAAAGGUAAAAAUGGAGAAAAAGGCAAAAAAAAAAAAAUCUAUAUAUAGAAGGUUAUUUGUGGGUCUGUGAGCUAUGGCUGUGGAAAGAUAUUGUAGUAGUUUUAACACUAUUGUUACCUUUUAAAUUACCCAAAUAAAAUAUGGAAAAAGACUGUCA